AUGGUUCAGCUCGGGGGCGGCCGCCGAGCCCCUCCGCCGGCCUUUAGCAUCGACAGCAUCCUGCAGCCCGGUCCCCACCGCCCCUCUCGGGAGCAGGGCAGAGCCCGUUGCGCGCUGCCAGAGGAGAAGGAAGAGGGGCCUGCGGAGCAAGACCUCAGGAAAGGCUCCAGCAACUCGGGCAGCGAUCCCCGCCGGCUCCGGGAGGAGGGAACGAGUUGUGGUCUGCUCUCGGGGACAGAGGGCUUCCCGCUGCCCACCGAGGGUCUUCGCGCCCCCCGGCAGGCACCGCCGCGAGAGGCCGGGAGCUGCGGCGGGGAGAACGGCAGGUCGUCGUCGUCGGGAGCCAGGAAGAAGACGCGGACCAUAUUCUCCAAGAGCCAGGUCUUCCAGCUGGAGUCUACCUUCGACGUGAAGCGCUACCUGAGCAGCGCCGAGCGGGCCGGGCUGGCAGCUUCGCUGCACCUCACCGAGACCCAGGUGAAGAUCUGGUUCCAGAACCGCCGCAACAAGCUCAAGAGACAGAUGUCGGCCGAGUCCGAGGGCCCCGGGCCGGUGGAGCCCCCCGGGGAGCCGCCGCCCCCCACCUCGGCUCUUUCCGUGCAGUCCCUAUACAAGGACAGUCCCCUGCUCAGUCGCUGCCUGCUGCCGCUGCCGCUGCCCUUGCUCUGCCCGGGCAGUGCCAUCCCCUACCUCUGCUUGCCCGGACCGGCCAAGCACUUCAGCCUGGUGGACGGGGACGUAUAG